GGCUCCGCCCCUAGUCAGUCAGUUCGUAGGGAGGUUCGGUCGGUACGGUGCAGUCAGUGGUCGGCUCAGCGGGUUUUCCUUCAUACGUGACAAGGCUGCUGAGUUUGGAAUUCCGUCAUGCCGGACCGCAGACCCUUCGAGCGGCUGCCUGCGGACGUCAGGCCCGUCAACUACGGGCUGUGCCUGAAGCCCGACCUCAUAGACUUCACCUUCGAGGGGAAACUGGAGGCCACUGUGGAGGUAGAAAAUCCAACCAAUCAGAUUGUGAUGAACUGUGCUGAUAUUGAUAUCAUUAGUGCUUCAUAUGCUCCUGAAGGAGAUGAAGAAAUUCAUGCCACAGGUUUCAAUUACCAGAAUGAAGAUGAAAAGGUGACCUUGUCUUUUCCAAGCACCCUACAAAAGGGUACGGGGAUGUUGAAAAUAGAUUUUGUCGGCGAGUUGAAUGAUAAAAUGAAAGGUUUCUAUCGAAGUAAAUACAAUACAGCUUCUGGAGAGGUUCGCUAUGCUGCAGUCACUCAGUUUGAGGCCACAGAUGCACGAAGAGCUUUCCCCUGCUGGGAUGAGCCUGCUAUCAAAGCAACCUUUGAUGUUAUUCUCAUUGUCCCUAAGGACAGGGUAGCUUUGUCAAAUAUGAAUCUAAUUGAGCGCAAGGCAUACCCAGAUGACAAUAACUUGGUGGAAGUGAAGUUUGCUCGCACACCUAUCAUGUCAACCUACCUUGUGGCCUUCGUGGUGGGAGAGUACGACUUUGUGGAAGCUCGUUCUUCGGACGGAGUGCUGGUUCGUGUUUACACUCCAGUUGGGAAAGCUGAACAGGGAAAGUUUGCUUUGGAGGUUGCUGCUAAAACUCUGCCUUUCUAUAAGGAUUACUUCAAUGUGCCCUACCCUCUUCCCAAGAUUGACCUCAUUGCCAUUGCAGACUUUGCAGCCGGAGCCAUGGAAAACUGGGGCCUGGUCACAUACAGGGAGACGGCUCUGCUUAUUGAUCCAAAGAACUCUUGCUCUUCCUCCCGGCAGUGGGUGGCACUAGUUGUUGGACAUGAAUUAGCGCACCAAUGGUUUGGUAAUCUAGUCACAAUGGAAUGGUGGACCCAUUUAUGGCUGAAUGAAGGCUUUGCUUCCUGGAUUGAAUAUCUCUGUGUGGAUCACUGCUUCCCAGAAUAUGACAUAUGGACACAGUUUGUCUCUGCAGAUUAUACUCGUGCUCAAGAGCUGGAUGCACUGGAUAACAGCCAUCCAAUAGAGGUCAGUGUGGGACACCCCUCUGAAGUGGAUGAAAUAUUUGAUGCCAUAUCAUACAGCAAAGGUGCAUCAGUGAUCCGUAUGCUCCAUGACUACAUUGGAGAUGAGGAUUUUCGUAAGGGCAUGAAUCAAUACCUCAUUAAAUUCCAGGAAAAGAAUGCUGCCACAGAGGAUCUAUGGGAAUCUCUAGAGCAGGCCAGUGGGAAGCCAAUCGCUGCUGUUAUGAGCACCUGGACCAAACAGAUGGGUUUCCCCUUAAUAUACGUGGAGUCAGAACAGAAGGAAGACUCCAGAAUCUUAACGCUGUCUCAGAAGAAAUUUUGUGCCAGUGGUCCUUACCAUGGUGAGGAGAGUCCUCAGUGGAUGGUACCGAUCAGCAUCUGCACCAGUGAAUCCCCGGCCUCUGCUAAGUUAAGAUUACUUAUGGACAAGCCAGAGAUGACAGUUGUGCUAGAAGGAGUGACCUCAGACCAGUGGGUGAAGUUAAAUCCAGGAACUGUUGGCUUCUAUCGCACCCAGUACAGCCCUUCUAUGCUGGAGAGUUUGCUGCCUGGAAUUAGAGACCUCUCCCUGCAGCCUGUAGACAGACUUGGGCUGCAGAACGACCUCUUUUUUAUGGCUCGGUCAGGCAUCAUCAGCACAGUUGAAGUCUUAAAAGUCAUGGAGGCCUUUGUGAAUGAGCCCAAUUACACUGUUUGGAGUGACUUAAGUUGUAAUUUAGGAAUUCUAUCAACUUUGUUAUCUCAUACAGAGUUUCAUGAGGAAAUUCAAGGCUUCAUCAGAGAUGUUUUUUCUCCUAUUGGGCAGCGUUUGUGCUGGGACCCCAAACCCGGAGAGGGACAUCUGGACGCUUUACUGAGAGGCCUCGUAUUGGGAAAGUUAGGAAAGGCUGGCGAUAAACCUACCCUGGAGGAAGCUCGUCGUAGGUUUAAGGACCAUGUUGAAGGGAAGAACACACUAAGUGCUGAUCUCCGAAGCCCGGUUUAUGUAACUGUUCUAAAGCAUGGAGACAGCUCAACGCUGGAUACAAUGCUAAAGCUCCACAAACAAGCUGACAUGCAAGAAGAAAAAAAUAGGAUUGAGCGGGUUCUAGGAGCCAUUUGUUCCCCAGACUUAAUCCAGAAGGUGCUAAGUUUUUCCCUUUCGGAAGAGGUACGUCCACAAGAUACAGUAUCUGUAAUUGGAGGAGUUGCAGGGGCUAGUAAGCAAGGCAGAAAGGCAGCAUGGACUUUUGUAAAGGAAAACUGGGAAGAACUACAUAACCGGUACCAAGGCGGUUUCCUCAUCUCCCGACUGAUAAAACUUUCCGUGGAUGGUUUUGCAAGUGAAAAAAUGGCUGCAGAAAUUAAGGCAUUUUUUGAAGCUCAUCCAGCGCCAUCUGCAGAGCGAACGGUGCAACAGUGCUGUGAAAAUAUAGUCUUGAAUGCUGCCUGGCUGAAGAGAGAUGGUGAUGCCAUGCACCAGUAUCUACUGCUGCGCAAGUCGCCUUCAUCUGCUGUGUGAAUGUGCGCAGUCAUUCCCAUUCGCCUGCUGUCUCACCGCCCCAACAGGCUAGACCCUAGGCCCCCUCCAUGGGAGGCUCUGUACUUGUCCUCCCUCAUCCCUCAACACCCUUCCACCUACUGGGGAGCUGGUCCGAAAACAGAAACCCAUGUCGGCUCCUGCUUAGUCCCCAACCAACUCCUUAGGGAUUUUAUUAAAUUGCUCUGUCAGUCUGUACAUAUGGGAAAUUUAACAGCAUAAAGCUGCUAACUGUGAAUCGCCCAUAAACCUUCAGAGGAAAUUCUGCCUCAGAGUAGACCAGGGGAGGGACUUUUCUAUUGGCUUAUGUCAGGCAGAUAUAUCUGGCACCACUGUAGGUGGUUAUCUAAUGAGAAAAGGGAGCGCAACCUGACAAGUUAUUACAGAGUGUGAAUUGGCCAAGACCAGGUUUGGAAAGUGACUGGGUAUAUAGACAGUUCUUUAUUUUUGAUGAGGGGUCAUCCCCUCCUGUUUGCUCCCUUAAUUACCUCUUGUAUUUCCCAUCAUAAGAAUACUGUAACUGUUGGUUUCCUGUUGUCUGUUUUGGAGUUUAACCCAUUGUUCUGGAAGGAAUAUUUAAUCUUGGGGGUCUGAGCUCAAUACAUUCUCAUGCCCAGGAUGCCCAACUUUUCAGUGGCCUGGAACAUUAACCCCUUCAGUACUGAAAAGCCUUGUGCAGUGGCCGCCUGUUUGGUGCCGAUGGACUUGUCCUUAAUUUAGAUUUAACUAUGCUAAAGAAGAAUAUGGUGAACUGCCUGUGCUCCUGUUCUUAACAUCUGUCCUCUGCCUAUCCCCUCCUUUUCCUUCAUAAUUUCUAGGUUUCCCAGAUUGUGGGAUUGUGACGCCUAAUGGCAUAGUGGGCAGGGCCAUGGGCCUUGGUUCUCAGACUUGCUUACCGGAUUCCUCUUUUGUGCUAUUGUUUUAAAUCACAAAAAUAAAAACUAUAAAAAUAUAAAACAGUUGGCGUUAAUAAAGAUAAAAUGUGAGUGUGUAACAGAAAA